AUGGCGUGGAGGCUGUGGGCGGGGCUGCUCGCCGUGGGCUCUUUUGUGGUGUUCUGCUCUGGCCUCAAAGCUCCUGCUCUGAUUGGUUGUGUUUUCAUCCACCGGGUCAAUGUCACGUGUGAUUGGACGCCCGGAGACGCCCAGACCACACACUACUCUCUGACUCUGCAGAGAAUCACCCCACAGUUAAAGCUCUGGACGUGCUCCACCUUAAACACCACCUGUACGGUGCAGAUGGAGCAGCUCUCUGUCAACUAUAACUUCUGUGUCAGCGUCACAGCUCACGGUCGUCAUGGCGACGUCACGACUGCCCCGCGGUGUCAGACGGGAGUUAAUGAAAUAAAGUUACAUCCUGUAACAUUAAACAGCGUCACUCAAGUGUCCGGCCGACCGCGAUGUCUGACCCUGACAUGGCAGAAAAGAGAAGUUCUGUUUCUGAUCCCGACAAGUCAGAUCUACGAAGGGAGGCUGAGGUCUCAGGUGGAGCUCCGAGCCCACGGACAGGCGGGUGUGAGCGUGGUUAACGUGACGGUGACCAGCUUCAGUUUUGUGGCGUGCGUGUUCCGCCCGUACACCGAGUACACGCUCAGGCUCCGGCAUCGUUACCAUAGCGACCGCAGUCCGUGGAGCCAAUGGAGCAACGAGCUCCACGGCCGGACGGGAGAGGACGCUCCGUCUUCGGCGCCGAUGUUCUGGAGACGAGUUAUUGAGCGAGACGGACACAGACUCACGUCUCUGAUGUGGAAGCCCCUCCCCCUCGGCUCGGCCAAUGGGAGAGUCCUGUUCUACAACGUGACGUGUUUGGAUGAAAACGCUCGACUUCUUCCAGACAAAGGAAACUGCAGCGAUCUGGACUUUUCUCGUUCCUCGUGUUUGUUAAAUCUGCCUCUUGGACGCUGCUCCUGCUCCGUCUCCGCCUCCACCUCGGCCGGAGCGUCGCCACAGACACAGAUCUGGUUCGGUAAAGAGCGAGACCGAGAGUCUCCUCCUCGUCCGAGUCGACUGAACGUGACGCCGCUGGACGACGCGUGUCUGAGUCUGUCCUGGGCUCCGCCUCCAGACGCGGCGUCUCUCUGUGGGUUUGUGGUCCAGUGGUUUGUGGUGACGCAGAGAAACGGCGCCCCCUACCACUGGGAACGAGUCAACGGCUCCACGACGACCGUGAACAUCACAGAGGGACUGGAGCCGUUUCAACGUUUUGCAGUUUCAGUGUCAGCGAUUUAUGACGACGAGGAGCCAGGACAGAGUGAAACACAACAUGUGUACACACGACAAGGAGCGCCCUCUGCUGGCCCUCAUGUGCGCGUGCAGACAUCAGGCUUAAACGUGAGGCUCAGUUGGACGAUUCCUGUGGAGAAACUUCAUGGUUUUAUUAAAAACUUCAGUCUUUACUACAGGACGACAGAUCUGCCGCCCAAGAGAGUGUUUCUUCCCGGGGACACGUGGCAGUCCUCUGUGUCUCUGUCCGCGGGACAUUAUGAGUUCUGGAUGAGGGUCAGUACAGAGGUCGGGGAGGGGGAGGCCGGGCCGAUCACCAGCGUGCACCUAAUCUCAGAGGACAUGUCCCUGGUGACGUCUGUGCUCGUCCCUGUGUCUCUGCUGUCUCUGCUGCUCCUCUUCAUCGGCUGUUUGGCAGAAAAGACCCUAGUAAAGAGAAAGUUGUGUGAGGACAUUCCAGACCCGUCCCACAGCAGCGUGGCCAAGUGGAGCCCGAAGACGAAGACGGGCCUGGCGUGUGUCAGUCCAGACACUAAAUACUCUAAAGUUUUACUCCUCCAACGAGAACCUGACGCCCGUGAAUCAGACCAGGACGAGUCGGAGUUUUACCUCAACUCCUCUCACCCCGACACUCCUCCGACCUACAAACCCUACACCCCUGAAACGCAGUCCUACCACCACAAAACUACAAACAUGGCGGCGUUUCCCUCCUGUCCUGCUCUUUACUCCAUCCUCCUCCCGUCGCCACCUGCUCCUCUGUCAGAGUCACACCACAGCUGCUCCCUGAGAGGAAAACGCCUCAAACCACCACCAGGGGGAGGUAGAGAGCUGCGAAACACCACCUCAGACACCACCUCAGACACCACCUCAGACACCACCUCAGACACCACCUCAGACACCACCUCAGACACCACCCACGUCCCACUGUACCAAAAGCAGCGCGCUAACGUUUGUCCUUAUGAUUUCACAUCCGACUCUUCUCCUCAGCACAACUUUUCCUCGUCGCAUUUACCUUUUCCUGAUUUAAUUCUGAAAGAUUUAAUGAAUCUGUCCCAAACUUCAGCACAAAGUGACACUUAUUUACCAAUGGAACCUGUUUGA